CUGAGCUGAAUAUAGGGUUUGAAAUAGUUGCCUAUUAUAAAAAUAACAUGUAAUUGAUAUAGCUGAGUGAUUUGCUUUAGUUGUUGGGUAUCGAUAUUAGAAGAAAGCAGUAAAGUCCCCUCGUCACGAUGCGGCGCCAUCUUGCGUGCGGUGGCCGCAACUGUCGGCCGCGAAAGGACACGGACACGGACACGGACACGGUUACGGAUGUGGAUGUGGGCACGGACGCGAGCGUGAGCGCGGCACCGCGACCAAUAGAUUUGGCCAAGUCCGAGCGAACUGAAGACAACGAGAGUUGCAGCCCGCCAAAGGCAACAAACCCAGGACCACAUGCAACAAUCGCAGCUACUGCGACGUCGACUGCGGCUGAGACGCCGGCCGCGGCUGCGACUGCGGCAGAGGCGGCGACUGGUGGAAAAAGGAAAACAGACAGAGCGGAAGCGAGCUCCGGCGACUUAUGGCCAUGUUUGUUGUACGGUUUUUCCCCAGCUCAGCUGAAGCCCGUUGUUUGUUUGUUACCGCUUGCUGUGCAAUUUUUCUGAAUGGUUUUCUACUUUUUCCCGGCUGCAAUUUAUUCCGCCCAAGUUAAGUUUCAUCUGUUUGAUCUGAGCAGAUCAAUGGGGAAAUUAAAAGAUCGAAAAGUGAGAGAUCGAAUCUUAUUAAGAACUAUUUUAGUUCUAGGAACUCGAAAGGAAAGGAAUAAGAACCAUUACGUA